UGUUGUGCCUGUAAUUCAAAGGGUCAGCCUUGUCACGCUGAAUAUCCCUGAGAUCUACGUUAAGGGUACACGUGUCUGUGGAGUGCUCAGCCACUUGCACGUUAAUUUCAUGAGCAGGCUGUUCCGUUGAUCGGAUCAACUGGAACCCUCGACGUCGUAAGCGACGGAGUGCCAACAACAACAACGUGGAUACAUGUCAACAAUUCAUUCUCAUCACCGGGGACAUUUUGUCAUGCGCAUGUUCAACCGGAUAUUUACUUCACACUUUCAAAAUCGAAGAGAUACUUCGUUGCCAUUCAAAGCCCGUCCAUCUCAAGAAAACCCCAUUUGUUGUGAGAUUUUAAAGUUAUAUAAAAGAAAUUAACAUUAACAUAUUAUGCUAUAACAUAUACGAAGUAACACACUUCACAACCAACACUGACUUUUAAUAAUAACAGGGGAUUUGUGUAAUAUUUGUCUUUUUCUUUUCUGUUAUUCUUCACUCAGAGCUUUACUGCUUCAUUCACUGAAAGAGAUAUAGACGAGUUAAAGAAGACAAGAUUGGUACAUUCGGUAUUACUUAUUCGGUAAAUUUGGACAAGUAUACCCGGACUCGGUUCACCAAGAAAAUAAAAGACCGGAUUUUUCACGUGGAAAAGUAUCUUUCUCGCCAAAACUCUUAUAGGGUAACUAAUGCGUUUCAUUUUUGCGUGUGGAGAGAGAGAGAAUCUUUCUACAAAGAAGCGAUUUAAAAUAAAUAUAUCUUAAAUGUGCUCGUGGAAAAAUAUUGUAUCUUUUAAAAAUAUCCUUAAUUGGCACUGUCAUGCUCACUCGUCCACCUUAUUAGAAAACACAAAUUUAAUAUAAAAACAUAUUUCCUGAAAUUGCAAAUUAUUUAAAAUAUAAAAAUAUAAUUUUCAACAGAGAGAAUUUAUCAAAAUAGAAAACAAAUGAAGUUUGAAGUUUAAAAAUAAUAGGAUCGACCACUCACGACUAGCUAGCGCGGACGCGAGUACCCUUAUACUCUGUGUUGUGUUUUCAAACGCAUGGAUAUAGGUGUCAAAUUUGUUCCAAUAACUUUCGAGUAAUAGAUAGAUAGAGAGAGAGAGACAGACAGACAUAUAGCUGGCUUUGGCCAGUCAUGGUAUUAGCUGUCAGUAGCCAAAGAAUCGACAGGCAUGCAGGCAGACAGACAGAUACUUCACUAGCAGUGAGCACUUUCACUUCUGACAGCUAAUAGCAUGACAGUGCCCCUUAAUUUACAUAUUGUAUGUUUGUUUUUUUUUAAAUUGUUUUCUCCUCCGCAGUACUUAUGCAUUACUGUGUGUGAGAGAGAACUGAAAAGCAUACAAAAAUAAGUAAGCGGAAUUUGCCAAGCUGUUCGCAUUUAGUUCUACUGUGAUGUCGUGUGCAACCUGUCAGUUCACAUACUUUGAUGGCAUCAGAAUUUGUUAUAUAAAUGAUGAAGAAAGUAUUGUAUUCCUCCGGGACCAUGGUGUUCUGCCCACCAAUAUGAUUUGUCCACACUGUCGGAUUGAAUGCGUGUAUAGAAAAGAACAGUGUCUCUGGCAAUGCAUGAGCUACACGGUCACUAAAUCUAAAAAAAGGCAGCAGUGUGAUUAUUCUGUAUCGGACUUUGAAGGAUCCUUUCUUGAUAAUGCCCGUAUUCCUCCGUGGAAAGUCGUUCUUUUCGUAAACGAAUUUCUACGUAGUACUUGGAGUAAUAUCAUAGAGACAACCCAGGAAUUAUUGUUUUCAAGAGCUGAAGAAUGGAGGUCAUUCUGUUGUGGAGUAACAGAAAACUGGCUUCACAAACAGGAACGAAUUGGUGGAGAAUCAGUUGAAGUUGAGAUUGAUGAGACCUUAAUUGUCCACCGGAAACCCGGGAGGGGUAGGAUUCUGAGCCAAGUUUGGUUGUUUAGUGGAAUAGAGUGAACCAGUAAGCGUCGUUUCGUUGUGCCACUAAUAAAUAAGAAGCGUGACAAAGCGACACUGGUUCCUCUGAUCCAGUCAUUUAUCAAACCUGGCUCGGUUAUUUAUAGUGAUACAUGGGCUGCCUACAAUGAUUUAAGCAGUUUGGGUUAUCGCCAUUACGUGAUAAACCAUUCUGAAAAUAUUGAUCAACCAAAUAUACACAUACAAAAUAUUGAACAAUUGUGGAGGAAGAUAAAAUGGAGUAUGAGAAGGCUGCCAAGUGUUGAAACAAAAUAUUUCCAUCAAUAUCUGGCCAGAUAUUUAUUUAUUUCCUCAGAGAAGAAUAAGAAAUUAUUACUCCACAAUUUUUUUCGAGAGGCAGCCCAAUUAUAUGUACCCCUCUCAAGUCAGCCAUGUCCUUCAACUACAUAAGGACUCAUGUCUCUUCUCUCUUUCAUAGAAGGCUCUUUUUUUCUCCAUAGUCUCUCAUCUCUCUCUCUCCGUACCUACAUGCACGGAAAUGAAACGCAUUAGUUACCCGAUUUUUUUUUUUUUAACACUCGAUACUUUUUCAAUCUAUUCUGCAAUCUGGGAUUAAUGUAUCCAGUGAUCUUAAGAGAAAAACAGAUGACAUUGUCAUUUUAUUCAGAUGCAUUAUUAAUAUUCAUCAUUUGCUAACGACUAAAGGAAGAUAUUUCAGAUUUUAUUUUGGAUUACCUUUGAAUAAUAUUGCCUUUGGAUAAAAUGAGUAGCAAAAUAUUUAUUUUGCCACCUGGAAUGCAUACAAAAUGAUCAAAUUUGCGAAAGAUUUUGCAGUGUUUCAACAUGAGGAUUAAGAUUUCAGUUGAAGGAAACUUAGAAAGAAAAUGCAAGAUCAAGUAAAAGAAAAUAUCUGAACAUUGUGAAAAAAGAAAAUUUAUGGGAAAGGAAUUAUGAAAGAACCAAAGUAGAGGUCAAAUACAAUCUAAAAGUAUUGCUUUUUAUGAUAUGCUGAACGAGAUGAGGAAAACAUACCACUGUGAUGUCUGUAAAAAGUCAUUCUUUCAUAAAAGUAACUUAACUACUCACAAACGCUUUCAUACAGGAGAAAAACCAUAUCAGUGCAAUAUCUGUGGUAAAUUAUUUGCUACAACUAGUAAUUUGACUGCUCACAAGCGUAUCCAUACAGGAGAGAAACCAUAUUGCUGUGAUAUCUGUGGUAAAUCAUAUGCUCAAAAAAGUAACUUAACUACGCACAAACAUGUUCAUACAGGAGAGAAGCCAUAUUACUGCAGUAUCUGUGAUAAAUCAUUCUCUCAAAAGAGUCUCUUAACUACACACAGCCGUAUUCAUACUGGAGAAACACCAUAUCAUUGUGAUAUUUGUGGUAAAUCAUUUUCCGUGAGUAGUGCCUUAAUUAGUCACAGACGUUUUCAUACUGGGGAAACACCAUAUCGCUGUGAUAUGUGUGGUAAAUCAUUCUCUCAAACUAGUGAAGUAACUAAACACAAACGCCUUCACACUGGAGAGAGGCCCUAUUACUGUGAGAUCUGUGGUAAAUCAUUCUCUUAAGAUUAUCACUUAACUAAACACAUACUGGUGAAAAGCCAUAUCAUUGUGAUAUCUGCGGUAAAUCAUUUUCUCAAAACAGUCACUUAACUGGACACAAACAUAUUCACACCAGAAAGAAACCGUAUCACUAUGACUUCUCUGGUGAAUCAUUCUCUCAGGCACGGUUCCUUACCAGACACGUGUAUAGUCAUACUGGAGGAAAGACCUAUCAAUGUGAUGUAUGUGGUAGAGCAUUCUCUCAAAAGGUUCAUUUAAAGAGGCACAAUCACAUUCAUACAAGAGAACAAAACCUAAUGUGAUACUUGUGAGUAAUCACUCUUUUAAGCCAAUUACUUAACUACACAUUCCUAUAUUCAUGCAGAAGAGUAACUGUACAGUCAUUCAUUAUCAUUUGAUGUUCAUCUUCUGUGCUGGCAUGCAUUGUAUGUUUUGACCAAGAGGGCUGCACCAGGUUCCAGUCUGAUUUGGCUUGGUUUCUACAGCUGGAUGCCCUUCCUAAAACCAGCCACUUUACAGAAUGUGCUGGGUGUCCUUUACAUGGCGCCGGCAUGAUGCUGACAAGGGAGCUUUUUGCAUGAAAAGUAUAAAAGAUAUAGAUAUAUUCUUGCAGGAAAGAAAAGAAAACAGCAAUAACAAUUUCCACCAAUAUGUUUUUAUACAGCCACAACUAAUAUAUUGCUGAGAUAACUUAACACUGAUGAUUUUAAAUAUAAGCAUAUUCUCAGAAAACUCCUAUUCUUGCUAACAUAUUCUCAAGUGGAAGAAAAAUAUAGUUGCGGUUUAUUUGAUUAUGUGCAUGACUAACUGAGAAAUGUGUCUUUUCCUUCUGCUUAUUCCAGUAAGCAGAACAAGAGGAAAUAUGUGGAAUUGUGAGUUGCUGAAAAGGUCACAGAAUGUGUGAUGAUUAAAGAACUUUGACAAAGAAAUUAGAACAAUAGUAGUUCAUAGAUAGGAAGGCAAAUACACAUCUACAAUCAAUCAAAAAAAAUAUUUUUUCUUCAAAUGGAAAUAUUUAAAAGUUAACUCAGCUAUGGUUGUCCACAAUGCAGAAAAGAGAAAGAUGAACAAAGCCUAACCAUUAUUAGUUUCUGCUGGUUACUGUUGAGACCUCAGGUGUUCUUGGACCACACACUGCUGAUUUUCUCCCCAAAAUCAUAUCUGAGAAAUGAGCCCCAAUGUGGAGGGUGGCUGUUUUCUGCAACAAUGCCUUUGCAAUCAUGUUUAAGAAGCAUGAUUAGAGACACAUCAUUUGCUCUGGGAUAUACAACCCAUUACUCCCCCCACCAUCUGUUGCUUUUUCUUUCUUUGUUUUAAUGUUUUUCCUUCGUUUCUUCCUGUAAAAAUGUGUUAAUAAAAACUGAAGAUGUUUUUAAUGGAAAAAACAAAAACAAAAA